AUGGCGACGUCGAUGGACGUCCUCGUCGCGCGCCUCGAAGCGGCUGUCGCGCGCCUCGAGGCCUCGCUACCUUCCCAAUCCUCCACCGCCACGUCAGCUCCCGCCGCGUCCACGUCUGCAGCGGCCAGCGAUCACCCGUCAGUGGUUGCGUUCGACGCGAUCCUGACGGCGAAUCUGCAGAAGGUGACGGCGGCCGCCGAGAAGGUCGGCAGCGCGGAAGUGACGGCGGCGACCAAGGUGCUGGCGGAAGCGUUCGAGGCGGAGAAGAAGAUCGUCGCGGCCAUCGCGGCCUGCAAGAAGCCCGACACGUCAGCGCUGCCGAAGCUGCUGGAGCCGCUGGGAGCGGCGAUGGCGGCGGCGAGCAAGCUGACGGAGGGGAAGCGCACGGACGCGUACAACCACGUGAAGGCCGUCGCGGAGAGCGUCGCCGCGCUCACGUGGGUCGCUUACUCCGGCAAAGACUGCGGCAUGAGUCUCCCCGGGCCACACAUUGACGAGACCUGGCCUGCUGCCGAGUUCUACACCAAUAAGGUGCUGCCACGUCCUGCUGCUACACCCCCCUUCUUCCUCCCGUCUCCGUUUACUUUGCUCUCCCUUCGUUCCUCCCUUUCCAUUCCCAACCCCUCCUCGUCUCCCCUCCCACCGUCUGCAUCCCACACUUCCCCACCCCCGUUUCCCUCCGCCCACUCUUCCCUCUCCCACUCCGCCUUUGCACUAUCGUUUCUCCAACUCCUCUCCCAAACACGCCUCAACGCUUCUCUCGACCUUCGCCUCGACCUUCCCGCCUACCUCUCCUCCGCCCCCUCCGCCGCCCCUGCUCCCCCUCGCGGAGGUCCCCCGCCGCCUCCGCGUGGCGCCCCUCCCCCGCCUCCGCCCCCGGCUGCGUCAGCGGGCGGAGGGGGCGGAGGGGGCGGGGGCGCGGACAUGUCGAAGGUGUUUUCCGAGCUCAACAAGGGCGAGGCCGUCACGGCAGGGCUGCGCAAGGUGACAGCAGACAUGAAGACAAAGAAUCGUGCCGACCGCUCAGGGGCAGUGCCGGCCAGCAUAGGCGGCAGCAAGGCCACGUCAGCAGGCGCCUCCGCUACUGCGAAGCCAGCUGUGGUGAAGCCACCCAAGUUCGAACUGCAGCAAGGCCGCAAGUGGGUGGUGGAGAACCAGGUGGACAACAAGGAGGUGGUGAUAGCAGACACGGAGCCCAAGCAGACCGUCUACAUCUUUGGCUGCAAGGGCACAGUCGUGCAGGUCAAAGGCAAGGUGAACAACAUCACGCUGGACAAGUGCACCAAGACUGCCGUUGUCUUCCAGGACGUGUUGGCAGCAUGUGAGGUGGUGAACUGCAGCGGUGUGGAGAUCCAGUGCCAGGGCACGGCCCCCAUGCUCGCAGUGGACAACACCAGCGGCUGCCAGCUGUACCUCGCUGCGUCAGCGCUGACAGCGUCGAUCACCACCGCCAAGUCAUCGGAGAUCAACGUGCUCGUGCCCGGACCCGAUGCCGACACACCCUGGGUGGAGCAUGCGCUACCGGAGCAGUUUGUGAGUGAGCUCAAGAAUGGCACCUUCGUCACCACACCCAUUUCCCACUCUGGAGGCUAA